GUUUAUAACAGUAGUUUAUUGUACAAAUAUAAAUCUUAAGUAGUCUUAAUGAAUCUAUUGGCAAGGGUUGUCUACGGUGACUUUGAUGCUGGUGAACGUUAAUCAUUCUCUAAUUCGUUACUUUACAGGAUUAACUAGAGACGGGAUCAAACAAUGUCGGAUGGAGAGGAUAAAAUGUUUCAGUAUUGUAAUGACAACGUGUUUACAGCUAAUAUAUUAACUAAAUAUAUACACUGGUUUCUCAUCCCUGCUGUACUUAUUUUGACGGUGCUUUCGUUCCUUGAGAAGCGAAAGUCAAUUAAACCAGGUUUUUUGGGCGGCCGACCAGCUCUUGUUCGGCCGCUAGGUUUUCUGGACGAACCAAGUAACCGUUGGGGUGUUAUGUUUGUAUUUGGUUCAGUGACCGGAAACAUAAUUCAGAUAACACAAAAAACAUUAUCAGAUGAACUCGACUGGCCAAUCUGGGCGAAGAUAUUUUUGGUUUAUAUUUUAUGUCUGGAGACAAGUGUCAUAUGCUACCCUUUGUUCGCCUGUAUGACAAGCCGACAUAAAUUGGUUGGUGCCCUAACAGGACUUCUUUAUUCCAUAGGAUGGUAAGUGUUUUAACCUCAUCGUUGUGGGUUCGAAACCUCACUUUGGGUGUGAGUUAACAUAUAGGUGUUAACAAACAAUUGAAUUAUGGCAAUAGGGUCGGGCCACAAGUUGUACCAACAUAAGUAAACGGCCUUUCCCUUGAAAAUUAACUAUUACAUAUAAUUAAUUACUUUUAUGAAAUAAACAAUUAUAACAUGUAUUAGAAAAAAAUGAAGAAAAGACCGAAGUAUGACUGAAACUGAAAAAAGGAUACUAGUAAAUGUAGCCAGUUUAAUGUUAGAUUUGAUGUUGAUAUUGCUAUGUUUACCUCAUGGAUCUGUUUCCUGGAAGCUAGGAACUGUAUAGUAUUCGUUUUAGAUAAGAUGAGGUUUGAUAAAUAAUCAAUAUCAAAUGUUAGGUACUGUUACAAAUAACAAGUUGUCGCUAUU